AUGGAAGAUCUCUUGAUUACCCCUUGGUAUUCCAGCCCCUCUGUCAUGUCCCGUGCAAACCCCAAAUUCUUUCUGUGUCUACCACGCAGCUCGACUCGUCCUACCGAUUCUCUUCUGCCCAGUCCCUCCAUUCUUUCCAUUCCUUAUAUCCCAGCCCAACCUUCUUCCCCUCAUAAGUCACCAGCUCUCCUCUGCCAUCUCGCCAUACCCGCUCCCAUGAACUCGAGCUUCCAUUGUAGCCGGCCUUGCGCAUCAAGGAUAUCAACGUCUCUUCUUUCGUCCACUCUUGCUCUACAGCCACUGAGGGUAGAUAUGUCGCGCCGUAUCUUCUGCCAUGAUAUGUGA